AUGAGUCAAUAACCCUAAGUGCAACUUCCGAACCUCUCUAAUUAAAAUAACUUCGCAAACCUACCAGAUGAGAUUAGUGGAGACGAUAAGGAAUGGAACCCCAAUGAAGAGGAAUAGGAUCCAGACUUUAACAAUGAAUUUAGAGGCAACUUGUUUGAUGAAGACAGACAAUAAAAUAGAAUUUUUGGAAAUAACAUGAAUGGAGGAGGAGGGAUGGAUCCUAUAGUGUCACAGCCAGAUGAAGAGGAAAGAUAAAGCUUAGUUGACAAAGAAAGAAAUUAUAGAGGAUUAGGAGACAAUUAGCAAACUGGACUAAUUGGACAGUAAGCCAUGAUGGCAACUGGAAAAUAAACAAUAAUAAUCUUAAACGGCAUAAGAGAAAUUAGCCAGCCAGAUUUGCAAGCAUAAGUUAUUAGGUCAAGGUACCCAAAGAGCGAUAGAUUUUAAUUAGCUCUGUGUGGUUGCUACAAUCAAAGAUCCCCAAUUGACAUUAUCAAAAACCUGCCUCCUUUGUUUAAGUUUGAAGAGUAGUUUAAGGAUGAUAAAUAUCAGAGGAUGGCAGUAAAACUUAAAAUAUGCGAGACUGGAUCGCUUGUUCUUGAUCACUUUAUGGUACAUCCCUUCGUAAGAGUCCACAUCAUUGACAUGGAUACGUACAAAUACCUAGCAAAGAAAGAUUCCCUGCAGCCAGGUGUGCACAACAAGGAGAGCACGUCCUUUGUGGACACUACCAAGUAUGUAUCAAAGUCAAUCACUGAUUUCUUACUUCCUAUCUCUACAUAAAUGUACGACCUCAGAAUUAAAGGCAUGAAUAUCGCUCAAUGGGACGAAGAAUUUGUCAUUAAUGAAUUCGCUCAUCAUAUUCUAAGACCAAAUGUCCUUAUGCUAUUUGAGAUACUGGACUUCAACCCUCAAAUGAUUUUUGAAAACAGAAAUAAACUUAACGCAGAUUUAUUAUACCCGGUAGCCUGGGCUUACCUGAGGCCAGUUGGAACUGCUCAUAUUCAUGUAUCUAGAACUAGACUAUAAUUGUAUAAGCAUAAAUUCAACUAUGAUGAGGAGAUCAAAAUGAAGAGACCUUACGAUCCUAGAGUCCCAUCAGUGCUCAUGGAAUUUAACUGGCCGAAGAAAGAAUUCUACCCAUCAUUUCUAGAAAUAGAACUGACAUUUACAAUGAAAAGUGAUAAAAUAAUUGAUAGGUAUCACAUCUCAAGGGCACCUUGGGAAAGAGAAGUAGGACUUCAUUCGUUUGAAACAAUUGCAUAAGAUACUAUUAAGGGACCUGGCAAAAUCACUGCAUCAGAAUUUACUGACGCAUUAACACUUAAAAGGUGGGAAAAAUUCGUUGACUUUCCAUCUGAACUACCUGACUUAAAAAUUUGGAAGUUUGAUACUGAAGCUUUGGGCUGCUUCAAAUUGAAAUUUUCAACUUUGGGAAAAUACUUAGCUGUCGCUUGCACUCAGGCAACAUCUAAGACCUUAAUCAAAAUAUUUAAUGUUGAAAACGGUGAGAUCAAAAUAGUACUAAGAGGUCAUCACGAUUUGAUUCAUGAUUUGGCUUGGUCUCAUGAUGAGCAAUUUCUUAUCUCAGCAAGUGCCGAUUUCUCAACUAAGGUGUGGAAUCUCACUUAAAAGGAAAUAGAUUAUGCAGAUAAGCUAAACUAUACUGAAAACGAUGUAAUGUACUACCUAACAGCACUCUUACACCCCUCAUAUGUAUAUUCAGCCCAAUUUUUCCCAGAUACAUCCUACGAGCAAAACGAAAGACUUAUUAUAGCUACAGUCUGCUAUGACAGAAAAGUAAGAAUAUGGAAAGUAGAUAUUGGUGGAGAUGGCUUAUUUAGAAGUCAAGAGUGCUUGAUAGAAUUGAGUAUUCUAGAUAAACCUAAUAUUAAAGCAGGUGGACCAAUAGGUAUUUACGAGUAAGAGUAACUUGAUGAUGAGGCUUUAGAUAGAAUUGUCCAUCCAAGAAAUUAUAAGGAUGGUACAUUCUUUACUAAAGCCGAGACUACAAUGACUAUAACUUACGAUAUGAGCGAAUAUAUACAUCCAAAUUGUAUGACUUUUAAUAAAGAUGGAAGAUUAUUCGUUGGUGAUUCAAGAGGAUAAAUUAGUGUCUGGGACAUUUCAAUUAGAAGCGGUGAUCUUUAUGCUGAUAACUACUUUAAGAUAAGAUAAAAAGAACUCGAGGGAGAUGAAAUAAACUAGAUUAUGAUUCAUCCUGAAUUCUAGAAUAAAUUGAUAGUACACUCUAGAGACAAUUGCAUAAGAAUCGUAGAAUAUGAGUCAAUGAGAGGGCCAAGAAUCAGAAAGAGAUUCUUUGGAGCUAAAUGCAAGGAUCUCAUGAUCAAGAGUUGCGUAUCCCCAGAUGGACAAUACUUGGUUAGUGGUUCAGAGGAUGGUAUUCCUUACAUUUGGAACACAUAAACUCAUGACACAUACAGGACUAAGAAAUAUGAAUGCAAAUUCUUGGAUUUAGUGUCAGAUAUUGAUUGGAACAAUAAAUACAACAUGUUUGCACUUGGAGGAUUCGGGCAUUAAUUCCCUGUAUUAGUUUAUGUCUAUUAAAGAUCAGAGGAAGAACUUAAUCAAAUACUUUAUAGUGGAGCUGGUAUAAGUGUAUUUGCUGAACAAUUAACAACUCGUCAUUCAGAUGCUAGAUCAAAUACAGGAGCUCUAGCAAGUGUAAGAAGGUAAAAUUCAGUAAGGUUUGGAAAGGAGAAUGAUCUCAUAAGGUAGUCUCAAGAAUUAAGAGCAGGUUUCAAAACUGAUUUUGAGAAUGUAAGUAUUCAAAAUAAAUGUUUAUCAAUCUUAGAAUAGUAGGAGGCUAGAUAAAUUCAAUCAAGGAGGUCUAGGUCAAAGAGAUUCAAUGAUGAGGGGGAGUCAGGAUUUCCUUAACAGGCAAAAUCGUCUGAGAUAGAGUCGGUUCGAGAACGAUUAAGAAGAAACUAUGGGGUUGAAUGA